CUGCCAGCCAGAAGGACGCAUAAAAGAAGAACAUUGCAGCAGAGGCACAGAAGGAGACUGCAAGAGGAGCUGGGAAUAUUACACACAGAGCACAGCCGAACCACAACACCCUCCCCUGGACACACCCUGUUGGGGAUCACUGCUUCUCUUUUUUCUGAACUGUCGCCCACGCCACUCGGAGAGAAAGCUCUCCCUCAUCAUCAUCCUGAAGAAAACCCCUUUCUCCUCAUUUUCCCCCUACAGAGGACACCUACCAAUCUCCAAGGGCUGAGAUUCCCCUGGUGAACAUUGUCUUUUUUCCUUUUUUCUUUUUUUUCUUUUGGGAUUUGGACACGGGCCUCUCCACAGUAAAUACACAGGCCAGCUAAUAUAAAGACCACAGAUCAUAGUAUUGACUCAACCUACGGCUUGAAGACCUGCGAAACGAAGAAGGACCUAGAUCACUCUCAUUGUAUGUCAAGAAUGGUUACUCAGAUAAUCAGCACCAUGGAAACCCAGGUGUCCAACGGUCCGAGCGGAACCAGCCUGCCUAACGGGCCAGUCAUCAGCACCAACGGUGCCACAGACGACAGCAAGACAAACCUAAUCGUCAACUACCUGCCUCAGAACAUGACCCAGGAAGAAUUCAAGAGCCUGUUCGGUAGCAUCGGAGAGAUUGAAUCCUGCAAACUGGUCCGAGACAAGAUUACAGGUAUUCAUGAUGCUUCAGCAGGCCAGAGUUUGGGCUAUGGGUUCGUAAACUAUGUGGAUCCCAAUGACGCAGACAAGGCCAUCAACACACUCAACGGUCUCAAACUGCAGACCAAAACAAUUAAGGUAUCGUACGCCCGCCCCAGUUCAGCAUCUAUCCGUGAUGCCAACCUGUAUGUGAGCGGUCUGCCUAAGACCAUGACCCAGAAGGACAUGGAGCAGCUGUUCUCCCAGUACGGACGCAUCAUCACCUCCCGCAUCCUGGUGGACCAGGUCACAGGUAUAUCGCGAGGAGUGGGCUUCAUCCGGUUUGACAAGCGGAACGAGGCAGAAGAGGCCAUCAAGGGCCUGAACGGCCAGAAGCCCCUGGGCGCAGCCGAACCCAUCACGGUGAAGUUCGCCAACAACCCCAGCCAGAAGACGGGCCAGGCCCUGCUCACCCAGCUGUACCAGACCGCUGCACGCCGCUACACUGGCCCUCUGCACCAUCAGACUCAGCGCUUCAGCCUCAUCCCUCCAUUUGGAAAGGGACCAGAUCCAAAUAACAGCACAAAACCAAUACUCGACAAUUUACUAAACGCCAGCUACGGAGUCAAGAGUUCUCCCUCUCUUCUUCCUAGGUUCUCCCCCAUCACCAUCGACAGUAUGACCAGCCUGGCGGGAGUCAACCUGACCGGGCCCACCGGAGCCGGCUGGUGCAUCUUCGUCUACAACCUGUCGCCCGAGGCUGACGAAAGCGUCCUGUGGCAGCUGUUUGGGCCCUUCGGCGCCGUCACAAACGUCAAGGUCAUCCGUGACUUCACCACCAACAAAUGUAAGGGCUUCGGCUUCGUCACCAUGACCAACUACGAUGAGGCAGCCAUGGCCAUCGCUAGUCUCAACGGCUACCGCUUGGGAGACCGCGUGCUGCAGGUCUCCUUCAAGACCAGCAAGCAACACAAGGCCUGAGAGAGAGAGAGAGAGCUGCUAGCUGACGCCAGCUCCUUCAGCCAGCAGGGAGUGCCACUGAGCUCCCUGUUAUGAUCACUCUACAUGGGCCUGGACUGAGUCUCUCUCUCUCUGAUGCACACUCACCCAUACACAUACAUGCACACACUAUCAGACAUACACACACUAUUAGACAUAUUUACACAUACAAACAUACACAAAGUCUGAGUUUCAAACAAAUACACUAGUAGAGUUUUUAUUUUCUCUUUACACAACAUGCUAGUCCUUCCCUACGUUUGCCUGGAUUGAAUUAGUGGGGGUGCGUUGUGUAGUUGGUCUCUGGGGGUGGGGGGUAAGAGGCCUCGAUGAGGGAGACAGUCUAAUGAAUGUGACAGAGAAUGUGUGCUGAGUGCUUUGAUUGAAUUCAGGCAAAUAAUGACAAAAACUGCUGAAACAAAAUUAUCAAAAAUCUAAAAUGAACUACAAAUAUGUGCAAUUUAAACCCCAAACUCUUACCCCAUGAACUAUCCCAUUAUCUUGCUGGAGAGAGUGUAGUCACUUUUUUUUAUUACACUUGGGCAUUUUGAAUCAGUGAUUUUUUUUAGAUCAAAGAAAAUUCAUUAAAAACAGUGUUCUCUUAUCUACCUAUAUUAAAAUAUAACUAUAUAUUCAAUAUUUAAGGUGGUUAUAAUAGCCGAGUAUGUAAGCAUUUUCUAGAAACUUUUACUACUGUUCCUGGCUCAACAUUAGGUAGGCUGUGACUAGCUUUAGGGCAGUUGCUCUACCCUAUAAAGGACAGAUCCAAUAUGAUUUAGGUUAUCAAACUGAACAGCUACUGGUCACAAAGACAAGCAGCCUGAAGGCCACCAGAAUUACACCCUCGCUACACAACACAACACAGUCACACAUCAGCCCUGUUAGGGGGGAAACAACACUAGAAUACUGAACAUCACUGACAUCUAAGAAUCUCCCUGUAUUUUUUCACUCUGGUUCUUCUAUUCAGAGUAGAAUGGAUGGAUUCCACCACAAGCAGAGCUGUCUUUGUGAAGAACGUAGAACAUUGUCCCAGCUAGUGUUCCCAUGGAGACAGUGUUCAUGUACAAUUCUCUGAGAGACUAGGGACUGUGAGUUUAGAGCAAAUCACAGAGCCAAAUCACAGAGCCACUUUACCAAAACACCCAACCAGAUAUAACACCCCUCCAAGGGAAUGAGAAGGUUUUUACAAUUCAGUGGAAAUUAUUGGCCUGGCUAGGUAGACUCAACAUCACCAUUACGCACAGAUCAGAUCGAGAGGACGGUAGUUUUGACUUAGGUUGAGAUUCCGUCAUGACACUGAGCAGUGAUAUCUCCUCACUGAGUCCUAGAGGGUGAGACAGCUUCUUACCUAUUCCUCAGUUUACUAAACACUCCUCAGUUUCAUUCAGACCCCGUAUAUGACACUUUAUAGAAGCUCAUGAGAAUCAGUUUCUAUUCACUCUCAUUGUAACCCUGCCUGCCCUGUCAAAAUAGAAGAAACCAAGCCUGCAGAAACCAACAGAGACAAGUUUUUUUUAUCUCACAUUGGAAACUCAAAAAGUUAUUUUUGUUGAUUUGCAACAUCUGAUCGGCACUAUCACCUAGCUGGAAUUUUUUUUUAAAUAAACAAACCCAUGGAAAUAAUUUAUGACACCCCUUGAUGAAAAUGUAACGACAAAAUAGUCUUGGUUGGUUAGUCUGUUAGAAACAUCUGAUAAGACGUUUCAUGGGGAGAGAUAUGAUUACAAUAUAAAGACAUCUGCAUAUAAUAGAUUAAAUAAGGUAAAGUGUGUUCAAGACAUUUUUGCUUUUCUAAAUAACGCUGUGUUAGCCAAAGAGGACAACCAUCUCUUUGAAAGGAUUACUUUAGAGAUACAUCUAUUUUUAUACAUACAAAAGAACAAGACCUUGUGCUGAAUUUUUACAGAUUCUUAAAACUCUGAAAGACUGGGACACCGCAUGGCUGUAUUUUAAGCCCUUUGAUCUUUGAGAGAGGGAGGAGCGUGUGCAUGCCGUGUAUAGGUGGGGGUCGAGGGAAGGGGGCGAAGAAGAAAAGUUUUAUCUCACACAACCUUACUUUUUCAACCACAACCUAUAAACAAACUUGAAAUAGCAACAAAAAAAAAGAACAUAAACAAAGACAUCAGAAUAGAACAAAUACACAUCAACACAAACCAAUUCACUGAUUAGGAAUCAAACGUUACAGAGACAAAUCUGCAUUACUAAUACUGCCAUCUUUGAGUGUAAACUAGACAAACACAUAUCACUUCCUCUGAAGUUGUGUACAGUUAGUGUUGCUUCAAUGAUUGUACAGUGAAGUGUUAUCGCUUUCACAGGAGACACUUAAAUCAGGCUGCAGUAAAGACAGUCAGUCGCCCAAUGAUUUGUCCUCACAGACACCUUGGGCUGGUUCGAAACAGAAAGGCUUGAAGUAGAUUCUCAAUGCAAAGAUGAUUAGGUUUAUUUGAAUGACGAUUUAGCCAAAGAAUUUGGAAUAUGAGUGUCAAUAAGAAAUAAUUCAGUCUGUACUAAUUACUAACUGCUCCCCUGAUAAUUAUUCUAUAAACCAUUAUCAUUUAUUGCAUGAAGAUCCCAUAUCAUUUUAAAUCCCCAUAGCGCUUGCAGAAAUAUCUGUUGUUCAUAUCAAAUUAUAUCAGAAUGAACUAAUAUCUUUUGGUUAACAUAUCUGUUGAGUAACUAUAAUUUAGCCCAUUUGCACAGGUGCUUACCACAAACCUACAACAAUGUAUACAAAGAAUUCACCUUUCAGCAAAAAUAACAACAGUUCCACACAAGUGUCUCUUGAACCUCAAUACUGUAAUACUCACACCAUCCGCUCAUAAUAGGAAUCCAAUACAUCAGAGUAUGACAGCAUUGUUUCAGUUUAACCCUAUGCUCUUCCACUGUUACACCCUCAGCCUCUAACUCUGACCAUUUCAUUUCUUAUUGUGCCCCAGUAGUAUAUUGGUGGUGUGCCAACCAAAACAAACAUGAAAUGUCAUACAUUAACACCCUGUCAUAACCUAACUCCACACCUCCCUUCCCCAUUCAAUUAGUUGUGCCCAUACUCAAGAGAAGGUAGCACAGUAGGACUGAUACAGCAUCACUUUAAGAGACCAGAUGUGAAUCUUGGGAACAGAACAGCAAAUAGGCCAUGUUGUUGAGCUGCAGUUGAAGUAGUCCGUCCCACUGGUGAUAUGGGGUAGAGUCCCAGCCCAGUUCCCCCACACCCUAGACCAACAACAGGCCCUAGGCCACACCCUUAGACCAACAACAGGCCCUAGUCCACUCCCUAGACCAACAACAGGCCCUAGUCCACUCCCUAGACCAACAACAGGCCCUAGGCCACUCCCUAGACCAACAACAGGCCCUAGGCCACUCCCUAGACCAACAACAGGCCCUAGGCCACUCCCUAGACCAACAACAGGCCCUAGGCCACUCCCUAGACCAACAACAGGCCCUAGGCCACUCCCUAGACCAACAACAGGCCCUAGGCCACUCCCUAGACUAGAGCAACAACAAACUGUCCCAUCUUACACAGCCAAUACAGAGACCCUCUUCUCUUCCCACACCUACGUAUGGUAGAGAGCCAAGGACAAUGGCAGGAGACAAAUGUACUGCACCGCUUGAGCAACAAAUAAUCUAAAAAGACAAAAAAACUUUCCUAUGGAACAGUAAGUGCAAUGUGCUUUGUUUUUAUAUUGACUGAGAACAAAAAGAUAUAUAUAUUUUUUAAAAGAAAAAUAAAUUAAACAUCACACUGAAAUGGUUUGCGGAAAAGGUGGAAGGAUCAAAUGUAAAGAAAUCAGUGUUAAUUCACCGAUUCAUUAAAGAGAAUCAAACAAGCACCGAUGGAGAGCUCUGGAAAUGUCCACAAUCCCAGCCCCGGAUUAGUGCUCUGAACAUGCAAGCUAAAACUAACCGCAUAUUAUUAUUGGGUGAAUAAAAAGAGCAAUUUAAUUGAAAAGACCUUGAAAGGGAUACUGUCUAAUAUAUCAUCAGUUUUAGCCCACGUCGAUUUUAGAAUAUAAUUUUCCUGUAAUUUGAUUUUCUUUUACAUAUCAAGACUCACAUGUUAACUUUGCGUAUUUGUGUUGUUGACGUUACCAUAUGGGACACAUGGGUCCAAGAUAUUAUUUGGUUGCUUUGAUUGGGUAAUUUAUUUUUUCAUUCCAUUAUUUAAUUAGUUGCAGUUCUUAGUGUAUGCAGAUUUUAGACUUAGUUAGAAUUUUAUUUCAAUCAAAAUGUGUUCAAUUGUGUUUGUAAAAGUCUGUGGUAGCUUUUGUUGCGACAUAAAUAAUUUAAACAAAAAAUUCAAGAUAGCGCCAACAAACUUGUAUUAUUUGGGCGACUUUAAGCUUGUAGUUUUAACUUAUUGUUAACUUAAACUAUUUAUUAUUGCCUCGUAUAAAGUAUGUUUUGUGUAUAUUUAUGGUUUAUUUCAUUACAUUUGCAAGUUUAAAAGAUUAAGUUUGCCAAAAUUGUGGUUACAUUUUCUUUCUUAAAAAGGGAACAAAUAGAUUUAAAAAAAACAGCUUUAGAAGUACGAUUUGGAAAUGUUCUCCAUAGUCAAAGAAUGCACUGCUAUAUUUAACUCAUUGAAGUGUAUAAACAUACAUGCUGUGUGCUAGAUGUUAUGCCUUUACUGCCUGUGUUCUGUUUGUCUUGUUAAAUGAAAACCUUUUGGUUAUUUAAUCUAAUCACAGUCUUGUUUUUCCAGCCACUGAGAACCCUAGGGAGUGUCAGUCAGGACAUGUGCUGGGCCUGGGAUGUGGCCUAUUGUUGGCUCCAGGGCAGAGCCUGGACCUUAGGCAGUGCUUGAGGCUCCAUGUGCACUCAGCAUGCUUUCCCUCCUACUGCUGGUGAACUACUGUAGUUAUUAGAAGGACCAUAGUACAGAACUACAACAUGACAUCUGAGUUCUAUGUACAGUAGUUCCAACAGCAGCCAGGAGGAAAGCAUCGUUGGGGGGGGGGGUUACUCGUAUUGGAAAGGGGUCAGUGGUUCUUCUGUUUCUCGACCAACUGUAUUUUGUGUCUAUUUAUUUAGAAGAGGGGGGGACACAGAGUAACUUAGACGUUCUUCUUACAACAUUUUCCUGGAAUGGUAGAACAAAUCAAAAGGAAAUGAUCAAAACAGAUCUACUGGCAUCAAUGUAUCAAUGUCAGUAGGAAGAUAUCAAAAUCUCAUACUUCCAAACAUGACCAAAUGAACAAUGACAAAAUGUAACAAAGAAAAUAAACCUUUCAGUUUAGGAUAUUUAUUACUGGGAUUUCAGCUGAAGACGCUUGAAGACUUUUUCAUGGAAUUGUUUAAUUAUUUGUACUUUACAUGCCAGAAAAAAUAAAAGGUUACAUAUC